AGCGCGCCGUGCGCCCUGGGCUCCGCGCCGGCACACGCCUGGCGGCCGCGGUGGCGACACGAGCAGCGGCGGAGACGGGCGGGCGCCAGGAAUGCGGAACCCGCGCGCCGGCUGAGGCAGACCGGGAUGGCGCAGGGGCGGCGGCGGCAGGCGGCCGGCGUGGGGCCCUAGCACGGCGGAGCGCACGCCCGGCCCGGCCCCGCAGCGGCGGCGGCCUCGCGGCCAUGGCCACGGAGCGGCAGAGGGCCGUCCUGGAGCUGCUGCAGCGGCCCGGGAACGCGCACUGCGCGGACUGCGGCGCCCCGGGUCCCGACUGGGCCUCCUACACCCUGGGCGUGUUCAUCUGCCUCAGCUGCUCCGGCAUCCACCGCAACAUCCCCCAGGUCAGCAAGGUCAAGUCCGUCCGCCUGGACGCCUGGGAGGAGGCCCAAGUGGAGUUCAUGGCCGCCCACGGGAACGACGCUGCCAGGGCCACGUAUGAGUCCCAGGUGCCAUCCUUCUACUACCGGCCCACGCCCUCCGACUGCCACCUCCUGCGGGAGCAGUGGAUCCGGGCCAAGUACGAGCGCCAGGAGUUCACCGACCUGGACAGGCAGGAGCCGUACUCCGCAGGAUACCGAGAGGGCUUUCUCUGGAAGCGGGGCCGGGACAACGGGCAGUUCCUGAGCCGGAAGUUCGUGCUGACGGAGCGGGAGGGGGCCCUGAAGUACUUCAACAGAAACGACGCCAAGGAGCCCAAGGCCGUCAUGAAGGUGGAGCACCUGAACGCCACCUUCCAGCCGGCCAAGAUCGGCCACCCGCACGGCCUGCAGGUCACCUACCUGAAGGACAACAGCACCCGCAACAUCUUCGUCUACCAUGAGGACGGGAAGGAGACGGUGGACUGGUUCAACGCCCUCCGAGCCGCCCGCUUCCACUACCUGCAGGUGGCCUUCCCCGGGGCCAGCGACGCCGACCUGGUGCCCAAGCUGACCCGGAACUACCUGAAGGAGGGCUACAUGGAGAAGACGGGGCCCAAGCAGACGGAAGGCUUCCGGAAGCGCUGGUUCACCAUGGACGACCGCAGGCUCAUGUACUUCAAGGACCCCCUGGAUGCCUUCGCCCGGGGAGAGGUCUUCAUCGGCAGCAGGGAGAGCGGCUACACGGUGCUGGACAGGCUGCCCGCGACCACCCAGGGCCACCACUGGCCGCACGGCAUCACCAUCGUCACGCCGGAGCGCAGGUUCCUGCUGGCCUGCGAGACGGAGGCCGAGCAGCGGGCCUGGCUGGAGGCCUUCCGGAAGGUGGUGGACAGGCCCAUGCUGCCGCAGGAGUACGCAGUGGAAGCCCACUUCAAGCACAAGCCCUAGUGAGCGCCGGCCCCGGGGGCCCGAGGAGCGAGAACCCGGCGACGUGGCCGGGGCCGGGCAGCGGGGCCAGUGGACCGAGGAAGCCGCCGGCGGCGCCCGGGCAGCCCGGCUGCGGCGGGGACCUGAGCUGGAGCUGCGCA